UCCAAUUCAACCGAGUGAUCGCAAGGGAGGUAGUCAUAUCUGUGGUCAUGGUCACUCUUACCAAGCAACCCUUCACCAAGUUCGAUGGUGUGUGUAUUGUGAUGGCAAGGAUCACAAAGCCACAGAGUGUAGAAAGGUCACUUAUGUUAAACAGCGUAGAAAGACCCUUAGCGAAAAGCGACUUUGCUUCAAUUCCACUGGCGCAAGACACCAAGCAAAGGAUUGUAAGAGCAAGCACACCUGUCAAAAAUGUGGAACUCCAGAAAAAGGAAGCCAAACAUCUUAAAUACAAGUCUAAGCAGGGAAAACACCAAAGUGAAACCCAAACAAAUUGCCAACAACCCAAAAAGUCCUGUAUUAAUGAUAUCCGUAGUAUGUUGAUAUUAAAGGAGAAAACUCCUGUUAGAGAAGAGGAUGACACAGGAAACCAGAGUGAUGACACUUUGCCGUUAAGUGAUAAUGAGAGUGAUGUUGGCAACAACCUCAUUGCAUCCCUCGAAGAGGAAAACGUGGAUAGCCAAAUUGAAGGUAACAAGGGUGCACAAGGAAAUACCAAAAAGAACGAGGAAGAAGUAAUCAUUAUCAGCGACGAAAAAGAGAGUCACAAGAUGAAGAAAGAUUGCAAUAAAGUCGAAACCAAAAUAGAUGAUGGCAAGGAAAGGGAGAUCCAGGUAAAAAAGAAAAAAGAUGACCCUGCAACAGAAAAGGAUGACAACAUCGAGGUUGCUAACGAAGGAUAAGGAAGCAAUGCGUGUCAAGAGAACAAAUCCAACAAACCUGAUGUUUUCCAAGGUGAAACAUGUGUAUCAGAAAACAAAGGCCAAACUGAAGAAAAGUUUGUUUAGAACCUUCCCAGAUGCAAACUACUCUGGGAAGGGCAUUAACUGACUGUGAACAUGAAUUGGAUAUUUCAGCAUUAGUAGACAUACUUUCAAAGCAAGAAUCGCGUAUGCUAAGCAAAACAACUGUAAAUAAUGGUGUGAGAGAAAGUCUUAUGGAAGAACUAACCCUUAAAAUGUACAUAAUUGCUAAGAAAUCACAAAAACUGCUCAAAAUGUAAUAGUUUUAUUAGCACUAGUAAAUGUGUUCUGGAGAAUAAAUUUGUGCAUCUGCCUUACCUGUGAAACAAAUACUUUAAUGGCAAAUACAAUAGUGGAAAAGCGCAAUGCAAAGUCUUACAGAUGCCAGUGGCAGCAAAAUCACGGUAAAUGGCAGAUUGUUUAUUGUGGAGAAAGACUGCGAGUGUGGUAACUACAAAGAUAUAACAGCCAAAAUUAACAUUUCUACUGGGGAUAAUUCAUUGCUAAAAGAAAAUAACUACCUACCAAGAAAAGAAUACGACGAACUUCUCAGCAUAAGUGAGAGUACAUCACAAAAGCAAGUAUUAAAACAUGCUAUUUGUAGUGCCUACAACCUGUCAAAAAGAGCAGCGAGUAGAGUUUAUGGGAUUGCUAACGUAGAGAAGCGUGCAGAACCUGUGAAAGAUGCAGCUUUAGUAGUUGCAGAGAUUAAACGAAAACAUAAAGAAGCAAUGAGAAUUGAGCAAGAAACAUUUUUGGUUUCAUGUGGACUGGACCCUCGUGAAUGCUUCUCUAGUUCAGAAUCAUCCGAUGAUUCCAAAAUUUUGUUAGAUAGUGAAUGUUCCGACAGUGAAACAUGUCAGGAAAAGGAAGUUACGGUUGCUGAUCAAGAAAAUUUCCUAGAUAAAAGCAGAACUUCAAGCAAGAUAGAUGUUGAGACCCAUUCACUUAUUGUGAGAAAGAAACUACAACACGCAAACUUCAACUGGUUUGUUUUUGUUUCAGUAAUGGAAGAAUUUUUUCGGGACGCAGAACAUCAGAAAUGCUUAACCAGUUCUUAGACGAUUUUUCUUCGAAAUUGCCUGAGCUUGGUCUUAGUGAGGAAGAAGUUAAGUUAAACACAAACUUCAAGGACUGUAUAUCUUCAUAAAAUGUAAGAAAUGGAGAAUAGUUCCACAACUGUGCCCCAGUUUAGUGAAAGUAGCGUUGAUGAAAGUUCCAGCGACAAGGAUGAAAGUGGUGAUAUAGCAUCUGAAAAAAACAGUUAUGACGUCAAAAGUAAACUGAAGAAGAUUAGAGACAGGAUUCGGAAGAAAACAACAAAGGAAAUCCAAAUCAACAGACUUUUGAGGAAAAAAGUCACACGGUCUAGUAACACUAUUUUAGACCAGUUUCCUGACAUAGGUCAAGUUAUUGAGAAAAUAGUGGAAGAGAGUGAUGUUGGAGCAGAUCGCUGGCGAAGAACAGGCGUGUAUACCUUUACAGGUAAUCCAAAGGAAAGCAAAUGGAUGACAUUUGGCAAGAUAAAACAAGAGCUAGAGUCACAUUAUGAAAGAAAGUUUAGUUAUGGUACCGUGGUUCAGCUGUGUGUACCAAGACACAAGUGCAGGUUAUCCAGCAAGCGAUAUAAAAGUGUAGCCAAUGUUAAAUAUCAAAGAGCAAGGAACGGAUUCACUUUAAAGUACAAUCCGGACAGUAAAUGGAGUCGUUCCAUGUACAAAUUGUUUAAACAACUCCUAAAAGAUGGAAAGGAUAUUUUACUAUUAAACCGUGAUGACCAGGCUGGACUCAACAUUUCGCCUUGACUCAACAUUUACACACAAGAACUCACAAAUCUUUGAAUCCCACAAAUAAACAACCCGGACAGACUUCGUUAAUAAGCACCCGGACAGACUUCGUUAAUAAGAACCAGACCCAGCUUCAGACGUCUUAUAAUUUAAAAAAAAAAACGAAACUUCAUGAAAAGAGUCCUCAGCAUGCUGAUGAUAUUGUAGCACUUGAAGGAGUAGAUAUAUUGAAAUCAGCGUUUUACAAAGAGAAUACCCAGGAACCCAAAGAUGUAGAAUGCAUUCAGGUAGAUGGAGCAGGUGACGAAGGUCCAUUGCACGACAAAGUUCAAUUCAUGUGGACUGAGCAUCACAUGACCAAGCCAACUACGAUCACGUUAGUUACCACCUGGUGCAGUGGGGACAGUUUCCUCAAUAGAGUUGAGCUCCAAAACAGAUGUCUCGGAAGAAGCCAUUCUAACUUGUUUAUACCAUCGACAUUAAUGGACUUAAUGGGAUCCAACGAAGCUGAUGAUGGCGGACUUGAUGAAGAAAAACACAAAGAAGACAUGUGUGCAGCAAUUGCCAAAUAUAUCAGCAGAGUUGAUGGCACUCCAUGCAUGAGGACACAGAUUAAUCUUAUCAAAGGACCUGUGGAUCAAAUACACGUUUCCAGAAGAAAAGAGUUGACAACGUUCUUGAAAGCGAGUAAGAAAGCGAAAGAGCAACUAAAGCAUGAUAAUCCUACAUUGUUUGCUUACUUUACCGAAAUCUGGGACGUCAGAAACAACCAUAUAGAUGAGAGUCUCCCUAAAAAUUAUGUGUUCAUGCUGAAAUGCUGUGGGAAAAGUUGUGGGAAAAGUUGGCAAACAUCCGUUGUGUAAAAAAGGUACACAUAUUUUUUUUCAAAAUAUAGUAUCAUUUCUUCAUUAAAUCUUUAUUUAGCUAAUUCUGCAGACAGUUGACUCUCAAUAUGUACCAAAUUUAAAAAAAUAUUUCUUGAAAAACCCUUAAUGUUGCAAGGUUGCAUUCACACAGACAUGUUAAAAUUGUAUGCCAAACGGAAUGGGUCAUUGAGUGUACUGUGUGUAUACGAGUACAAAGUUACUUUUUUGUUUGCAGGUUCAUGAUUUCAUGUGACCAAUGUGGAAAUUGGUUUCACGGAGAUUGUAUUGCCAUGACAGAGGAGGAAUUAAACAAACAUGAAGACCAAGAUCUGCCUUAUAUAAUGUCCUAGAUGCAAGGAACCAGGUGUGUUUAAUUUUAUGAGUUUUACAACACUCGAAUUUAUGUACAUUCACUCAAUUCGGAGAGUAAUUUAACUGUUGUUUUUUAGGAGUCAGAGAUCUUCCCGUUGAUGUCAAAUGGUUUCCAGCUGGCCCAUAGUUUAGUUUCUUUCCGCAUCCAGUUGUUGAUCCAAGUAGGCCGUCGAAAGUAACACAAUGCAAGAUUUGUGCUCCAACCUGCUACGGUCAUUAUGUCACAAAUGUCGACCAGUUGUUGCAACUAUAUUCUGAAGGAAAAGCAAUUCGAUCUCCACCACCCAGCAAUAUUUUAACAGAUUACCAUAAAUGUCAGGAUAAUACCGAAUCAGUAUUAAAUAUAGAUACGUGAGGUCAAAAUUUGGUUAAACCACCUUCAGCAGGUCGCUGAGAACAGAAAACGAGGAGUAGAGAACGCUAAAGCUACAAGGGAAAAGAAGAAAAACAAAAAGGCCUAAAAAUAAUAUAAGCUUGGACGCACAGCUAUCACACACACAAACAUAUAUUAUAAAGGCCUGAUUCCAUGGGCGCUUUUUUCCGGCGAAAUGCAAAUAAUUUCGCCUGUUUCUUUUGAAUUGUGACCAGUCGAAUAAAUUAUUUCUAGUUGAUUCCUCACAAUUCAAAAGAAACAGGCAAGAUAUUUUGCAAUUCGCUCAAAAAAAGCAUCUGUGGGCGUGGAGGCCUUUAGCUAUUUCAGUUCAUAUUUAGAGUUUAGAUUUUAAUCACGUUUUUGCAGCCUCAAUACUGCCUUCAUAUAAAUGUUGAUGUAUAUACUUUGUGCAGAGUGUCCAUAUAAAAAUGCUUUUCGUUUCAUAUUUUGAGGUAUUGCCACCCUUUUUAUAUACAGGAAUGGAUUAUUUAUUUGACAGUGUAUUAUUCAGUACAAAAAAUGCCACCAGAGCUAUGCCUAUAGUGCCCAUACAUUUAUCAGAAUACCACAAAACAUAACAGGGUAUUUUGGGCAUGUAUAAAGUAAUCCAAAUUCUUAAUUUCAAAAUGCCCCGGGCAAAGGUUUGAGUUCAAAUGCCCAACCCCUGGGAUGUGCUUUAUAGGAAAAUGCCCUUGGGUAGCCCGGAGGGAUGGGCACGCUUGGAUUUGACUGAUGCAUUAUAGUCUAGGACCUGUAUAUGAGUUUGUAUGUGAUUCAUUUAGGACAGGUAAUCUUAACUGUUUUAGGGUAAAAUGACCAUGGCAGUCAACAUGGCAUAUGUGCGAAAACCUGAAUCCGGGACGAAAGUCCUGAAAAUGACCCCGCCCUGAAACGGCAGUGUCGACAUAGCUCUAACUUCCAAAAAGGAAAAGUGAUAGCCUUUCUGAAGUGCUUAUAGUGUUUAGAAGGGUUGCUUUUAGGGGUGGUCAUUGAAGGAAAAAUCUGUCUAAGUAUAAUAUUUACCAGAAAAUGCUAUGCACCACCCCCAGGUAAAUUGCUGAUUAUGCACAAAAUAACUAAUAUGCCUGGCAGAAAUUUAAUAUUCUUAUUUCCUAAAAAAAAUUAUUAUGGGGUGAAAAACUAUGCUUAAUUUAAUAUAAAUAUUGUUGAUUUCAUAAGGAUUGUCAUUGUUUUCUUUAAAUAUAAUACAUUUUAUUUCACUUACCCCCCACGAAAACACGAUUUCAGUCAUAUUUUGCCGUCUUGUUUGCUUUUUAUCGCCGAAUCUCGCAAAUAUCAUCCAGUUAUUGUACUUUUACAUAAUUAUAAAUGGCUGAAGAAGAUUUCAAAGAAGGUUUCAUCCACUUUUGUAACAGUGCAGUGUAUUUUAUCUUCGAUAUUGUGUCCUUCGAUAUUUCAUUAAAUUGCCGCCAUUUUAAUGGCUCGCCGCUUCUCUGCCCGAUAAAUUGGCCUUCUUCGUUUUCAUAUGUAUUUAGAUUACAUUAUCCAAGGGUACUUCCUUGUAGAAUAGUACCAAUCCAAAAAUUUAAAAUAUUAUUGGUACUUGGGAGGAAAAAACCUCCCAUAAUAGUUGUCCUGUUUGAAUUCAAAAGAAAUAAUUUAAAAGUCACACGCAAGUUCGCGAAAACACCUUGUGGGUUACAUAACAGGGGGGAGUGAAUAUUUUCACGAAACGUUUGUUCGCCACCAUAGGCCACAGCAACCUAACUAAGUACAUUAUAUUUAUUGUAUAUUUGUGAUUUAUGAUAAAAGCAAUAAAUAUUUGCGUAUCAAUUAUAAAAAUACAAAAAAUAUAAUACAUUUAGUUAGGUUGCUGUGGUGGCGAACAAACGUUUCGUGAAAAUAUUCACCCCCCUGUCAUGUAGUACACGAGGUGUUUUCGCGAACUUGCGCGUGACUUUUAAAUUAUUUCUUUUGAAUUCAAACAGGACAACUAUUAUGGGAGGUUUUUACCUCCCAAGUACCAAUAAUAUUUUCAAUUUUUGGAUUGGUACUAUUCUACAAGGAAGUACUCUUGGAUAAUCCAGAUGAUCUUGAUGCGCGGAAAAGUACUGGCACUAGUUGUCAAAUAGAAAUCCAUUUUGUGAUUAAAACAACUGAAUAUCUCCCGUAAUAUACUUUAUUUCGAUUCCAUAUUUUUGUCAGAGCUAUAGUUCUCAUAACCAAACAUAAUUACAAAAUUUCAACUAGUUUCAUAAAGAAUAACGAAAGAUAUAAUUGACUGAAUACAUCAAAAUGGAUUUCUAUUCGGACAACCCUUUCUGAGCGCUGAUUGGCUAAAAUACGAACACGAGAUCACCUGGAAUGUAAUCUAAAUACAUAUGAAAACGAAGAAGUGGCAUUUAUUGGGCAGAGAAGCGGCGAGCCAUUAAAAUGGCGGCAAUUUGACGAAAUAUCGAAGGACACAAUAUCGAAGAUAAAAUACACUGCACUGUUACAAAAGUGGAUGAAACCUUCUUUGAAAUCUUCUUCAGCCAUUUAUAAUUAUGUAAAAGUACAAUAACUGGAUGAUAUUUGCGAGAUUCCGCGAUAAAAAGCAAACAGACGGCAAAAUAUGGCUGAAAUCGUGUUUUCGUGGGGGGGGUAAGUGAAAUAUUUAAAAUGUAUUAUAUUUAAAGAAAACAAUGACAAUCCUUACGAAAUCAACAAUAUUUAUAUUAAAUUAAGCAUAGUUUUUCACCCCAUAAUAAUUUUUUUUAGGAAAUAAGAAUAUUUAAUUUCUGCCAGGCAUAUUAGUUAUUUUGUGCAUAAUCAGCAAUUUACCUGGGGUGGUGCAUAGUCAUUUUCUGGUAAAAUAUUAUACUUAGACAAAUUUUUCCUUCCAAUGACCACCCCUAAAAGCAACCCUUCUAAAAACUAUAAGCACUUCAGAAAGGCUAUCGCUUUUCCUUUUUGGAAGUUAGAGCUAUAUCGACACUGCCGUUACAGGGCGGGGUCAUUUUCAGGACUUUCGUCCCGGAUUCAGGUUUUCGCACAUAUGCCAUGUUGACCGCCAUGGUCAUUUUACCAUUUCUGAUGAAAUAAUUAAAUGAAUAAAAGCACAGCAGUUAGUUUUGUGUAGGAUUUAAAGUGUAUUUGUCGAGGUAAUUAGUACUGGUAUAUAUAACAUUUAGAAAGAUUUAUGCUUCAUCAACCAACGUACAAUUCUCAAAUCUUUGUUUCUAUUGAAAAUAUUUCGAAGCAAAGAUUUUGAAUUUGGAUAAAUCUUUAUCGAAUCAUGAAGAAGAUUGGGAAAAUAAGCAAUUAAACCUUGUAUUUCACCUUGUUACGUGAUGUUUGACCAAAGUUGGUUGGUCUUGUUUGAAUGAGCCUUAAAAUGUUAUCCAACAUGGUGCAGUAUUGGACGAUUACGCAUAAUCAUUGGCAUUUGUGGAUUACGCGUGAUCACUGAACAUGCCUAGGUUCCCCCAACAUUGUUCAACAUCCUGUUGGACCCGUUUAUACCAGGCUUAACCUAUAAAACUAGUUUUCUUUUUCCUAGGGCGUUUUGGAGUAUUCACUGUGCCUGUUCUUCGCCAAGCUUGUCAGCUAUACAUUUCUGUAUUGGCUUCCUUAUUACAUUGCUCAUACAGGUUAAUGCAAACAUGUUUUUAAAUAUUUAAUGUAAAUCGCAAUUCAGUAAACAUUGUAUAGUUACUACGUAUUGGAGUUGAGAAUCACCCAAUUUACAGAUAACUGAGUUUUAAAUUUUACCUAAGGUUCGACUAACCUUCAAAUAACCACAAAUACGAGUUUCGGUGUGUGUAAUAUUUGGGUCAUUCUAGGAAGAAAUGUUAUAUCUUUAAAAAAUUUAAUCUUGAUUCCUUGUAAACUUUUUCGUUGUCAAAGUUUCCGGAAAUGAGGUCAUUAGAAGUAUUUUUGGUGAAAAAAAAACCCAAAGGAGAACGAAUUUGCAAUUCAUCUAAUGCCAACAUAUCCAGAAACGUUGACAGUAAAAAGAUUGAUCAAGAUGAGGUUUUUUACUUUAAAGAUAUAUCACAUUUCUUCGUAGAAUGACCCAAAUAUUAAACAUAUACAAAGCAAUCAUCUUUGCAGUUAGUCGCACUUCAAGUAUAUUAUCUGCAAUUCAAAUAACCGCGUGAAAUUACAGAAGGCAUGGGACUAGUACUGCGUGUUCUAAACUAGGGACCGCAGUGUAUUCACAUAUACAAAUUAAUUUUGCAUUCAGAUAUCGGUGGUGUGAGAUACGACUCACACAAAGCUGGCGAUUUAUCGAUAUUUUUUGAUGUUGGAGGCAUAAUUGGUAAGUGCAAGACUCGAUUCUGUAAUUUUUCACAGUCGGCCACAUGUUUUUGAAGGCAAUAGUUUAAAUCAAAGGAAACGUAAGUAUUAGAUGCAAAUUUGCAAGGCUUUGCAAUUGAUUCCAAGCAGGCCUAAACAGAUACAUACUGAGAUUAUCCUUUUAGGGGGAGGAGAUUACAGACCAGCACAUAUAAAGACCAUUUCGAUGACAAUUCGUCAAUAAAUUUACAGACAACAUAUUUAUCUCUGUCUUAGCACCCUAUAUUUCAAAGGUGUGGGGUCAUCCACUUUCUCCUGCACAUACACCGCUGAUCAUUCACUCAUCGAAGCCAGUAAACCACACCCAUUUCCUAGUGACAUUUGGAAAAUAAAACUACGCUUCAUUGCACAGAAACCCUAAGCAAUGUUAUUAUGAAGAGUCAAGGGAGGAGUUGUCCCAUUCUUUAACCACCAAUUUCAUAUGCCGAGGCCAAAUUCACUCCUCGAAACCAAGUUGAAACCUUGUUGCGAAAGCCUUUAUGCUACCCACUGAUUGAACAAUAUUACGAACUCAAUUACCCAACCACAGCAUAACGCCGACGAAACAAUUAACAAUAACGAAAGCAUUUACAACAUCCCUUUUGGCACAAAUAUACAGUAGAUACUAGAUAGAUAAUUUAUCAAUAAGAAAUUACAUAGUCGCCUUAUAAAGUCGAAUUGCGUAAUUUAGGUACAAGUGUUAAUACAAUGUACAGCAAUAAACAUUUGUUGAGUACUAUUUACAAUUCUAAGCCCUUGCUGAGGAAGGGAAAAGACUUUGAAGACCUGUUAGUUUUAUAGCGUGACACAACCAGUUCGCGCGGCUUUCUUAAGUUGUAACAUGAGUUAUUUUCAGGGCAUAACAAACUCGCGCCGUGUUACUAGAGCCGUUUCUGGGUAUGGUCUCGGAGGUCUCCCCUGGGGAACACCAUGCAGAGGGUACCGAACCCCACUAUGUUCUCUUAGCGUACCUAUUUUUCUCUAAUUGCAGGAGGAAUUUUAGCUGGUGUUAUCUCUGACCAAAGUCACUGCAGUGGAAUAACAUGUGUCGUCAUGUUAGUGUUUGCAUCACCUUCAGUAAGUAUCUAUAUAUACGAAAGUCAGAUAUCUGGUCUACGAAAGUUGCAUACCCGCUAGAAUUAAGCCAAAUACGCUCCAGUCUAAACUAGAAAUGCAUGCAUGUAAAAAAAAGUAGAAAUAAACUAGAAAUGCAUAUGUAAAAAUAAAUUAGAAAUAAACUAGAAAUGCAUAUGUAAAAUAAACUAGAAAUGCAUGCAUGAUUGGAAAGGCAAUCCCUCGCCUUUUUUUAACAAAAUCACUCUAGUUUCAAACAUGGUUUCAACGUGAAGAGCAUUUCAUAAUUUAGGGAUGUUCUGGCGCAGCGAUACAAACCAGCCAGUAUUUGAUUUUCGUCCAACCUUUGUUUGUUUCACUUUUUGAUGUCUGAGCGCAGUACUGCACAAUAGUUUGUUUAAUUUGCUUUUGUACAUAGUGUUUUGCCAUUGACAAGUACAAAUGUACAAUCAUCUGGCGUUCGAGAGAAUAGAAUGCUUUACUCAACGUAGUCUAUGUACAAUAUUAUGGAUACGGGCAUGAAAGACUAAACAAAUUAAUCACGUUUUUGUCCGUCCCACUUCACAGUGUCUCUUUUCUUUUCAGCUCUAUCUUUACAGAUUUUGUGGCAACAAGGAUUUGGGAACAAAUAUAGGUAUAAGUGGCAAUUGCCUUCUUUCUGGGAACAAAGUUGUAUUAGUCCCAGCACGUCCUCUAACUUUAGUAAAUAUCUUGACUGAAAUUAUGUUACAAAUUGUCAUAUAUACCUGUACCUAUUUGAUUACAUGGUAAACUACCAGAAAAAUAGAAAAAGAACUUCGAUCGACGUUUCGCGCGAAGGCCCCUCGUUAGUCAGGGUUCGUACAAAACUUGAAAGUCCUUGAAUGUCCUUGGAAUUUGAAAACAAGAAUUCAAGGCCUUGAAUGUCCUUGAAUUUGUAAAGAAGUACUUGAAUGUCCUUGAAUUCUUCUUGCUUUAGUUUUUGGAUAUUUUCUGAAAUUGUUUGACAUUCAAGACGGACAUUUUGUUGAACUGAUUUUGCAUGUUCAUAUCUGACCUCAUUAUAAAGUUACGUUUUGAACAAUUCAACGUCAGAUUUUGCUGAUUUCUAACACCUUUAGUAUUUAGUCCUUGAAUUUGCUGAUACACGACCUUGAAUGUCCUUGAAAAGUCCUUGAAUUUAACUCUUCCUGGCCUGUACGAACCCUGGUUAGUACUUAGUAUAGCUAUAGCUUAGGAAAUAACAAGUUUAAGCGAUUAAAUGUUCCUAGAUAUAAUAUAUAAUUGUGUCAAUAAUAAUCAAUGGCAAUAAACUUGUAACUUGUAACCCGAGUAUACUAAAUUCUUGUAACUUGCAACCCAACGACAUCCAAAAGGUCGAUCCCCUUCUUUCUGUUCCUUCGUGACCAGGGAAGCAUAGGAUUUUACUACCAAAAGAAACUGUUUUGUCCAACGUCGUAUCCCACCCCAUUCCUAGACAAUACGUUUUCGAAGGCAUUCAACCAUUCCCCGAUAUGAAACCCCUUGGAGACCCUUGGUCUAAUGUUCCAAAUAACAAAAUUCCCCUAGUUUUCAAUUACCAUUCCUCAACAACUAUUUCCAUGGUUGCAGACGUUAGGGAGUAUAAAGGCAAACUCUAAAUUCAAAAUGUGCGCUUCAAAACUUAAUUUAAUUAUGAAUUCUGGAGUUAAAGGACAUUGGCAAUAAAAAAUUUUAUUGCUUUAUCUGAAAGAGCAUACAUGAAAAAAUAAGCCGAUUGGCCGUUUACUGCUCUAUUCUAUCUCAUCUGGUUCCAAAGUUAUACGCAAAAAUGUGUAAAAUAUAAAUUGCUGAUUCAGCACAACGUGUGACGUCAUUAGUUGGGUAAGUAUGUUUAUUGAAUAGUAAACUAAAGCAUAGCUAAGUUAUUAUUGGCUCAAAUCAAAUGAAAUUUUGCAUACAGAUAGUACAUGAUGAGACGCAUGGGAAAAUACUUCUAAUUUUGUUGUCAAGGUAACACAGUCGUUCCUAGGCCCUUUACACUGAUUUUGAAUAACUAGUUGCAUUUAUCUAUGUGUACGUCAUUUUCGAAUAAUAUAAUGUCGUCACACGUUGUGCUGAAACAGCAAUUUAUAUUUUGCACAUUUUUGUGUAUAACUUCGGAACUAGAUGAGAUAGAAUAGAGCAUUAAACGGCCAACCGGCUUAUUUUUUCAUGCUCUUUCAGAUGAAGCAAUAAAAAUUUUGGUUACCAAUGUCUUUAAAGGCCAACCCCAGGCAUACUUAGUUAAUGUUGGCUUAUGUCCAGCGUUUGUGCGGGUUUUAAUUCCGUCUUCCUGCUUUUUCUAUUUAGGACUCAUGAUUGUAAGUGGUAUAUUUGUCAAUGGUCCUUAUGGUUUGAUAACGACAGCGGUAUCAGCAAACUUGGUAAGCAAAACACAUCACAUUGAAUCUUUCAUUAUAGUCGUAUGGACAGGCUGUAGUUGGGACAAAAUUUACAGUAAAGGCCAGAUCAGGCCAGAUGAGUUUUCGUGACCCUCAUCAGUCACUAAAAGAGAACUCCAACACUUUCGUGACAUUUGAUUGGCAGGGACCGGUUGUAUAAAAAAGUGCAUUAUUAAAGUUAACUAUAGUUGUGGAAACGUCAUCCAAUAAGAAGGGCGUAUUUGAGAGUUAAUCACUAUUUAACCACAAAAUAGUGAUUAAAAAAGUGAUUAACAGUUUUAUACAUAAGAUAAGAUAAGAUAAAACUUUAUUUGACUACGCUGGCCACUUCAACUGGAGCUGCUUUCCAAGUGGGGCGUAGAUAAAUUAUGUAACAAAAAUAUAUAAAAUACAAAAUCACUAAGAAUAUUAAGAACUACGAAUACAAAUACAUAUUACAAAACAAAUGGUAUACAAAAGUCAAAUAGCUAAUUCGUCAGACUAACAGAGGAAAUAUUUCUAUUGAAAGAAUUUAAAGAUUCGUUGUUUCUUACUUGUUCAGGAAUG